CCUUAGCAGUAUUUAACUUUCCGCUAGGCACACGCUAGCUCUACCCUGAGCUCGGCACAUGUGAAUAUGGUUUUGAUAACUUUGCCCUUCGAAAUUUGUUUGAAAUGAUAACAAAUAAGACUGCCCUCUAGAGCACAUGACUAAAAUACUAUGAUGAGGGCACGGCGAAAUGCGAUGAUGCUCUUUGCGUCUUCAUUUGAUCACGACCUAUUCGAAUGUCACGAACAUUUGGUUCGAAUAUCCAUGUUCGUAUCACAUCCUCAUUUUGUAUAAUUUCAUUUUUCUCCAGUGCCGUCCCCGCAGGCCCCCGCGAUUCAUAUACACAUGCCGCCCGGACCAUCCCGGACCAUACUGUAUUCUACUGCAGCAAGCCACGUCCUCCCGCAUCCUCUCUACCCUCAAGAGGCUGCAGAAUAGCAACUGACUAUCUUUACGCCCUGUCUCAGUGUUCUUUCAUACUCCCCACUACCAACGCCUUUUAAUACCUCCCCGCAUCUUCGUUGCACCUUCUCG